AUGUCUAUUUACGGGCGCGUUGUUGCCAUGUCAUCUACUAAUUUUCAAAAUACACACAGAACUGUCGGUGACAGCGAAGUAUUCGAUGAUGUGGCUGAACUGUCCAAGGGACAAGGCUCGACACUAUAUAUCAGUUACGCAUAUUGCGGGACAAUGAAAGCAGAAAAACACAGUUUUUAUUACUAUGCCCCAUGGUGUCCACAUUGCCGCCACUUCGCCCCAGAAUGGGAGCGAGUUGCCGCUUUUUAUGCCAGCACUGAUAAAGUGCAGGUUGGGGCUGUGGACUGCACGAAGUUUCGUGUGAUCUGCAAUAAUGAGAACAUAAACGGUUAUCCUGGCGUGAAAAUUCACCAUGUACCUGCAGACUCUAAGAAGGCGUCAACAAUGCCACGAGCUACCACUAGCAAGACUGUAAUUGACUGGCUAGAGAAGCAUAUGAAAGAACACGGCGUUGAUUCUGGCGUAAAUAUCAAGGUUGUGGAAGCGCAGCUAAAGAAUCUUAAAAUGGACAUCAUCGACGGAGAUGAAACGGGAAAGCCAACUUUUAACGACCAUUCUAUCGCAAUGAAGUCAAAGCGACUGCAUGAUGCAGGAGUUGCGGCGGUGUCAAUAUUCCACAAUGAUUUUUUCACGGGGUCAGAUGUACUGGAAGGAGAUAAGUAUGAGGUAGCUUUGAUGUGGGUUGAAGCCAUUUCUGCAACGUUUCCGGUAAAGCAAAAUCGGCUGGUACUCUCUUCACUUGUAAGUAUGAUGAAGACGAGCAAUCACUGGUAUUAUGCGGAUUGGAAAGUGAUGUUAGAUACGUGGAAGGAAGAAGGAAGAUACAAGACAAUCCCGAUGGAUUUAUUCUUUUUAAGUUCAGAUCGAACGUUGCUAUUUUGCAAGACGUACACGUGCAGCUUGUGGACCUUAUUUCACAGUAUGACGGUGACUGAUGCUGCAGUUAAUAGCACGGAGGCUAAAACGCACCUUUUUAUGCCAAGCAGGGUCAUGGCGGCUAUCAGACUCUUUGUGCAAAACUUUUUUGGAUGCGAAGAAUGCCGAGAGAAUUUUUUAUCAUCCAACCCGGAAAGCUUGAUCGCUAAGCUGGCUGUACGUGAUAACGAGGGUCCUCAUGCAGUAAUUAUGAGAAUGUGGAAGAUGCACAACGCUAUCAACAAAGCUAUCGAUAAAAAGCAGUGGCCUUCAAGGAUAGCGUGUCCGAUUUGCUACGUGAAAGAUGGCCAGUCUGUAUCUCUUGAACCAGAACGGCUCCAUGAGAACGAGAUCGUGGCAUAUGUUGUUAGUGCUUACGGAUACGAUGACGAGGACAUCUAUGCAAUGGGCGUCGCAUACAAUAGUACACUUGCUACACUGUGGUCUUCGGUUGACGGCUUUAAUGCAAUGAUGAUGAUAACGGGAUUCUUUGUAUUGCUGACGGUGGCAUACAAAACGAGGAGGCAGCGGAUUUUGGACCAAAACGUGUACCUUACGCGAGAUCACAUGGCAUGA